GUUUCGACUAGUUGGCAACAUGCCUAGCCUAGAUGACAACACAAAGCAAGCUGAAAGUAAAGGAAAGCAAAUGAGAUAAACACUCCAGCUCUGUUUCCUCUCACGACCCUCCUUCCAACUCCAGCCACCUGGACUCCACUGUGGGACAUCAGAGUCGUGACACAGACCCAGACACAGGGGAAGAAAACCCCCCACACAUCCAGGGGUUGUUCUGACAUGGAAACUCCCACCUCCCCAAAAACUGAGUAACAAAGUCACGAACCCUGCUCAUCCAUCCAGCCAAUGGGAGUCCAGGGGAAAGGAAGGUAUGUAUAGAAGGAGAAAAGGGCAGCAAGAUCAGUAGCAGCUGAGUCCCCUGUCAAUGGGAGAGUGUACAGCAAGACUUCCACAAGGAAAAGCGCAAGAUCUCACCAGCCACAGAUAAGGGUCGAUGCAUCUCCCCUUCUCCAGCUCAGGGAAAAGGAUAGUAGGUGUGCAACAGGAUCCCUGGAGCUUUCCUGCCCAAGACACCUUUUCCCCAGGUGCCACUGGAUCAGACAUUUUGGCAUUGCCAAAAGGAAAGGAUACUUGGGAGCAUAUUUGGAUGGAGCCACCCCUGCAAAUGGUACCAACUGGAACAGAGAGUGUUAUGCCAGAUUUCACAGAAGAUUACAGGAAGAUUUUUCAGGGGGAAGAUUUCAGCAACGUUGAUUCCUGGUUUCUGCCAGAAAAUGAGACGGAUCAACAACUGCCGGGAUGGACUGGUGGAAGUUAUCUAGCUGAGCUUGAAGAAUUUGAGAAGGAAAUGCCAUUGCAUCACAUAUCUGGCUUGAAAGGCUUCCCUGAGUACACCAACAUCUUCGUGGAAUUCGCACAGGCCUCCUCCUGCCUUGACUACAGGGAACCAUAUAAUAGAGUUUCUCGGUCAGCCCUUCAGCAAGAAAGUAUCCCUCUGCACAUGGAUGGCACUUGCUAUCCUGCCUCCAAUGCUCUUCAGCCUUUGCCUUCUCCUCAGUACCCUCCUUCCCCUGAAGAACAUCUCUCUUCAUCUCAGCCCCUGCUUGGAGCUCAGCAGGCACAAGAGAAUGAACAAGCCUUCCCAAGGGCCAUGCCAUCCCAUUACUGGGAGAAGAUGCCUGAGCCAGCCAUCUUUAACCAACACAACACUGUAGACAGUGAUUCAUGUCAGUGCGAGCCACCCAAGAAGAUCCGGAGAAAAAGAGUGUUAAGGGAUUGGACAGAAGCUGGUAUCACCAACACAUCUCAGAGGGAUCAGACAGGUUCUGGACCUAUUCAGCUGUGGCGUUUUCUGCUAGAACUCCUGCAGGAUGGCUCAUGCCAGGCCUUUAUCUGCUGGACAGGGAACGGCUGGGAAUUCAAAUUGUGUGAUCCUCAUGAGGUGGCAAGGCGCUGGGGUAAACGAAAGAACAAACCGCACAUGACUUAUGAGAAACUAAGCCGGGGGUUGCGCUAUUAUUAUCAUAAAAAUAUAAUUCACAAGACCAGUGGCCAGCGCUACGUGUAUCGUUUUGUCCGGGACAUUCAAGAUGAACUGGCUGAAAAGAUUCAGAGCUAAAGAAGACAAGCAUCAUGUAAAAAGGACAUCCAGCCUUAUACAUACCUCCAGAAACACUGGAAUGCCAGAAGAAAUAGCAGAUGAACCCCUCCUGCUGAUCUCUUUGCUCCUGUGGAGCAAAGUCAGCAAGAAGACUGGUGUAAGUGUUGCUA